AUGGAACUGAGACAUAAAAUAGUGUUCUGGAUCUUUCCAAUAUUUGUUUGGUGUUUUCUGCUUACUCUGAGCGAAGCAUACUUGCAAAGCGUUCGGAUUGAGGAAAUACCCUUUGCCUUAACGCAGCCGAAAAAUCCCGAAACAAUUAAGCAAAAAAAACAUCAAUCUAGUGGUAUCCAUUUAAUAUCGAGCCUGGAGCAUCAGAGAGCGUUCUUCAAUAUUUUUCGUGUGCCCUAUAUUAUCUGCUUCUACGCCGCCAAGGGCAAAUGGCCCUAUAUGCCGGGAUUUAUGAAGUCGCGGGUGGACAAUGCCGCCAGAAAUUUCUUUAAGCAAAAUGAUAGCAUCAUCAAACAAGCUUGCACUAAAUGGAUACAGGUCAAGGAAUGUUUUCGGCCACUGUUCGAUAAACCAACUGAAACAGAUUCGGAAACGGAAACUCUCAACGCAAAAUAUCGACAGUGCAAUUGCGAUAAGCUAGGUGCGACUGCCGCUCCGCUAGUGUACUUUGAUAAAAACCACAUUGGAAAUGUAAGCUCCGGAACCAUUUUGAGCACCAUAGAGUUUCUGGAAAGUUUCUUGCCUCCAACAACUAAAAAAAAUAAGCGAAAAAAUCGAGUGCGUGGACGUAUAGAUGAAAUGGAAAUUGAUUGAUCGGGCCCUACACAAAAUACACAAAUUUCUGAAAGCCAUUAGUACAGUCUUUUAUUAAGGAUGUUAAAGCGGGUUUCAUAUAAGUACUCUGUAGCCAAACGGUAAAAGGGUAUAC